AAUUUAGGGUAACCGUUGCAGAUAGUCUCACCUCGCCGCCUUAGAACACCCUGGCCGCGAUGGCGUCAGCGGCGGCGGAAGCUCCGGGCGCAUCGGCCUCUUCCGCGGAGAACAGGCUCCUGCAGUCCCUCGCAGAGCGGGGGUGGCGCUUCCGUGACCCCACCGACGAGGCCAUCCAAGCCCUGCUCCUCGCCUCCCCCACUCCGUCGCCGGAGGCCGUGGAGUCCGAGCUCGUCAGCAUGGACCUGAGGAUGUUUGGCGGAAAGUGCCUUCCCGAUCGGGCCGCCGCCGGCGGCACGUCGAAGCGGCUUUCGUACCUCCACGGCCCCGUCGUCUUGCAGAUAGUCUCUUUAAGAGAUAUAUAUCACAGCAGCAUUGAUGCGUCCUUUAAGAACCCGCAGCAGCGUCGCCUUCUGCGCUUUGGUCUCACUGAUGGGAUAUGUGAAGCAGUAGCCAUAGAGUUUUCUCCCAUCCCAUUCAUCACCGAAGAGAUAGCUCCAGGUACCAAGAUUCGCCUCGAGAAUAGGGUUCCAAUCAAUAAUGGCAUAUUGUGCUUAAGCGCGAAAAAUGUGACUGUUAUUGGGGGGGCUGUCCAAUCAUUGUAUGAAGAAUGGCAGAUGAACCAGAAAUACUCUGGCUUAUCCCGUCCAUCAUUGAGGUUGUCUCCAAGUGAUGAUGGAGUUGGGCCUCCACCAUUUGAGAAGUUAGACAUUGAAGCACGCCCCUGCAGGGAAACCAAAGUUCAAGCAUAUCCUGCUAGGAAGUUGGCAGUUACUCAUGACCAUGGACCAGUUAAUUCUGGUGGCAAGCCAAUGAAUGAGGGUUCAAACGAUGAGAACAGAGACAAUAUUGAGAGUAAGGUUGAAUCUAAGCAAAUUACUCAAGACAGCAGGCCAAAAGAGGUCAGCGAAGCUGUUCCAGUCCAGAACCAAGCUGCCGCGCAGAAGCUACUGCAGAAAAUGUCGCAGGCCGUGCCUGAGGACAGGCGCGGUCGCGGUCAUAGAUUCAAGGGCAAAGGCAAGGAAGAAGAUGCUCAGGUUUUUACCCUCGAUGAAUGGGAGAAGAGGAAAGCCAUCAGUUCGAAGCCCGCUGCGGAAAGCUACGUGCAUGACACUAGCCGAGACGAGGAGCUGGCGAGGCAACUGCAGGAACAACUAGACCUAGAAGACUUGCAUGGUGGGGCAGGUGCAGGCGUUCUCCAUGGCGGGGCCGAGAGCUCGGAUGCUGAACGGUUACGGAUGAGCAUGUUCAGCUUCAGUGGCCCUGACGAAGCAGGUGGUGGUAGGAGAGAUUUUCGAGGCCGCGGCAGGGGAAGGGGCGGAGGGCGACGCAGGGGCAGAGGAAGAUUUUAGGCCCGGCCACACAGUUGUAGGUUUAUUGGUUUGUUGCGUGUUCAGUGUAGUCCACCGGUUGUAUGGGUAAAAGUGGCGCGAUGAUAUCCUUCUCAAAUCCUGUUUCUGAAUUUCUCUAGCCUCAUGGCGAGAGCAGAUGCUAGUCAGAUUAAGGAACAGUUUGUAGACUUCCUGGAGUUUUUGAACUGUUCUUAGAUGCAGGAGCACAUCGUACAUUGUUUUUGGAAGAACGAGUUAAAAGUCUGAAAUUUACAUGACUUGUAUCUUCUGUUUACGUGUGCUGUUCAGCCGUUUGAAAUAUGGUGCUGUACUGUA